CCACAAUCCCUCGUAUAUUACUCCCUUCUCCUCCAAACCCUAGACUCCACUCUCUCACACACACGCACACACAGAGAGCACAAACCAUGGCGACGCCAGCAGUGGAGUCCGUACAAUGCUUCGGCCGCAAGAAAACCGCGGUGGCCGUAACCUACUGCAAGCGCGGCCGAGGUCUGAUCAAGAUCAACGGCUGCCCGAUCGAGCUGGUGGAGCCCGAGAUCCUACGGUUCAAAGCCUACGAGCCGAUCCUCCUCCUCGGACGACACCGUUUUGCCGGCGUCGACAUGAGGAUCCGAGUCAAAGGCGGAGGUCACACCUCUCAGAUCUACGCGAUUCGCCAGAGCAUCGCAAAGGCACUCGUCGCUUUCUACCAGAAGUAUGUAGACGAGCAAAGCAAGAAGGAGAUCAAGGAUAUUCUGGUUCGAUAUGAUCGGACUUUGCUUGUCGCCGAUCCGAGACGCUGUGAGCCUAAGAAGUUCGGUGGUCGUGGCGCUAGGGCUAGGUUCCAGAAAUCCUACCGUUAGAGACAGAGACACAGUGAGAGAGAGAGAGAGAGAAUUCUCGAGGUUCAAAUCGGUUAUUUUAUAUGUCGUUUUAGGACUAUUUAUGUCGUUUUGUUUCUUGUUCUGUCGUUUUAGGGAGAUUAAUCUGGAUUUAAAAUUUUGAUAUGGAUUUCAUAUUUGGCGCAAUUUUGAUUUAUGAUGAAUUAGUUGUUUUAUUUUUAA